CCAUUUAUCCCCACCCCCACCCCUUUCAUAGCAGCUGCAACACACACACAGACACACAGUUCUGCUCUUUAAUCUUCAGUAAAGAUGCUGCGGAAAGUCCGAGAUCAGGUCAGGAAACAUCCAGGACUCAUCCCACAGUUUUUCUUCAUCUGUCUGGGAAUGGGUGGAGCGUUCCUUUAUUUGUUUCGGCUUGCCAGAGGACCUCAUGUCACCUGGAACAAGAGCAGCAACCCUGAGCCCUGGAAUAAGCUCAGUCCAAGCUACCAGUACAAGUUUGUGGCCAUUAACACAGACUACAAAAACCUGAAGAAGGAAGGACCAGACUUCUGAACAUGUCAUGGAUGUUGCCUCAACUUUUAUCAUGAAAAUGCCGAGAUGUCCUUGUGCCUCACUAGUCUAAAUACACAAUAAUAAUAAUAAUAAUAAUAAUAAUAAUAAUAAUAAUAAUAAUAAUAAUAGUAGUAGUAGAGAAAAAUAAACUUGUAGGAUCUUUUCUAUAUUUUUUAUUAAAGAAAAUUUUCAAGAACAUUUAUAUCUUCACUAAACACGCUGAUAGACAAAUUCAUUAGCAUGCGAUAAAGAGCAGAAUAAAGGACUAAACUAGUGUACUUUUAUUUCUGUGAUUUAGACAUUAAGCUUUAUAGAAAUCCCCAAAAUUGCAGCAAUAACAUGACCUCCCUCUAGUGAGCAUGAGAAAGGGCAAAAGGAAGACGAGCAGAUGUUUGUCUUUCUGUAAACAGAACCUGAACAGCAGAGACUCAUGGGAAGAAGACUGAGCUCCCUCAGGCCUGCCCUUGAAGUCUGUGAUUAUUUGGAAAAGCAGUCAUCUGUUCACGCACAUUGACAUGUUUAUCUUUGUCUCUCUCACUAUAUUUCUUUCUGCACUUAUUACUGUCUUCAUUUGUAUAUCACCGUCAUCAUUCAACUUCAUUUUAAGGUCUUCUGUACACAUUUUCUUCAGACUGGCAAGCCAUACAAACAAACUCAGGAAAUAGGCAGAUAUUUUAUUCAGAGUGUUUACUCUUCAGACCCCCAGAGAUUUUCAAAUAAUACAAAAAAAUCUGUAAGCAUUUUAUCAUUAGCUACCAACAAAAAUCUUAUAAACUGGGAAGAAAAAAAAACAACAACUGUGAAGAUAAAACACUUUGAAUACUGAGAAUGGACAGCUUUAUUUUACCCAGCUAAAUUCAGUUACUGUGUUUUGAAUUGUGCUAAAACUCUUGAGGGUGUUUAAUGACAUAACUUAACACAGUAUGAAAUACAGAGAUUUUUAUAUUUUCAAGAAGGUUUGACUGAUGUUUUAUGCAAAACUCACCACCACCACUAGUGGUUUAUGUACGUUGUAGGGUGGGGCAGAAUUUUGGUGUCUUUCAGUUCAUGAUUUGAAAUACUGAACAGAACUAUUAGAAAUGUGUAUUGGUCAUGCAGUUACAAUUUAGUUUUUGACUUUUGCAUAUUCUUGUAUGAGAAAUAUAUAUUCUGUGUUUUAGGCGAGACUAAUAAACAAUGCUGGGAAAAAAAAAA